AAGACUCGUUUUCAUCCACACUUGUCAAUAAGAAGAGCCAUGUAAAUUGCGCGUGGGGUUGAACUUGGACUAUAAAAAACCAUUCCAUGACCGAGUCUCCGACACUCUUCAACUCUAACCCGAAGCGUUCACACUUCUUCAACUACUUUUUCAUCCUCACUUCUUCACCUUAACUAAAUUCAAUUCAAAUUUUCCUAAACCUUCUUUCAAAAGUCAAAUAAAUAACCAAUCACCGUCAAUGACUUGAACCAUGGGCUUUCUCCGGCGACUCUUUGCCGCCAAAAAACCGUGUCCUCCUCCCGCUGACGGCUCAGGUACCAAAUCUGACAAAGACAACAACACCAAGAAAAGAUGGACCUUCGCCAAACAGAGCAGCAGGAGAAAGUCACUCCCACCGCCACAACCGCCACCAUCCUCCGCCUUCACCCAAUUUGACCCCUCCACUUCUUUAGAACGGAACAAACAUGCAAUUGCCGUUGCUGCCGCUACUGCAGCCGUCGCCGAGGCCGCUCUCGCCACCGCACAUGCCGCUGCGGAGGUUGUCAGACUGACAAGCAACGGCGUGGGGAGUAGCUCCAAAGCACGUACUGGCCAGACACGGUUGCCGGAGGAAACCGCCGCCGUUAGAAUUCAAUCAGCUUUCCGCGGUUAUUUGGCGAGGAGGGCGUUGAGAGCACUAAAAGCAUUGGUGAAGUUGCAAGCAUUGGUUAGGGGUCAUAUUGUGAGAAAGCAAAGUGCGGAUAUGCUAAGGCGCAUGCAAACAUUGGUGCGACUUCAGACGCAGGCACGUGCGACUCGCGCGCACCACUUGUCUUCGGAUAAUUUGCAUUCUUUCAAGUCUUCACUUUGUCAUUACCCUGUCCCCGAAGAAUAUGAGGACCCGCACUCACAUCGUGUCUGUAGUACGAAAUUCGGUGGAUCUUCCAUCCUUAAGAGAUGUAGUUCCAAUGCAAAUUUUAGGAAGAUUGAGUCGGAGAGACAAAGGUUUGGCUCCAAUUGGUUAGACCAUUGGAUGCAAGAUAACUCCGGUAACCAAAUCAAAGAUACUUCAUUCAAGCAUAAACAUUCUCAUGACGAUAAAAUCGAUAAGAUUCUCGAAGUAGAUACAUGGAAGCCACACGAGUCCCCAUCGAAACAUUCAACAAAACCUCAAAACCAAAGUCCCUCAUUCAAGUUUCACAAAGGAAAAGACCAAGAAACAGCAUCACGCACGGCUGAUAAUAGUCCACAAACAUUCUCCGCGUCUUCAAAAACCGGAAACAGUGUAAGAAGAGGUACUCCUUUUACACCUACAAGAAGUGAAUGUUCAUGGAGUUUCUUAGGCGGUUACUCCGGUUACCCUAAUUUCAUGGCGAACACCGAAUCCUCAAGGGCUAAAGUUCGAUCGCAAAGUGCACCAAGACAACGGCAUGAGUUAGAGGGAUACAUUUCCUCUAGAAGACCUUUUCAAGGUCUUUGGGAAGUAGGGUCUACAAAUUCAGACCAAGAUUCUGAUUCAAGGAGCAAUAGAGUCUCACCUUCUUUGAGCCGUUUCAAUAGAAUUGGAAGUAACAAUUUAAGGUGACACAUUGCAUGUGUUAUGCUUGUGUACCAAGAUACCUUUUUCACAAAAAAGAAAAAAACAGAUAUGUUUUCCUUUGUUUGUUUUUUUGUGUGUCAGCUUUUUAAAAUGUAACUACUUCAUUUUCCUUACAUGUACUCGUGUGUACUAGUCUUUUGUCCAUAUAUGAUCACAAUUUACUUUGUUGACUUUUCAA